AUCCUAUUUCUUCUGCAGGCACACACACUCUCUCUGGUUCUUUGCUCAUUCAUUCUCUGAUUCCAAACCUAAAAGAAACCAACUUCUCUCUCUUCUUCUCUCAGUAUCAGUAAGCAUUGCGCUAGGCGGCUAGGUGAGUUCUGCCAUUGUUGCUUCAGUGGUGCUUUGAUUUUCCCAGGCGAUUUUUCACCUUCGAGUGCUCUCCAGAUCAUUAGGAAUCAGGGUUUUUUAUUCUGUAUUUUAAGUCGUACCUGGUGGUUGAUACUUCACUGUUCACGCACAUUAUAUAGCAGGAGACUUGUUCAAUCAAAUCCAUAAGAAUAAAACAAACUUCAAUAUUGGAGCCAGCUAUCUUGUGAAGAACUAGCACUAUAAGUGUCCAAACCAUUUUUAAGUAUUUUAAUACAAAUUAAUUUUAAUAUGGGUAAUAAAACUCUGCUCAAGUGGCCAAAGCAAAUCACAAAUUCCAUAGUUGUGCAGUUAAUUAAAGCAGAAAAGGACGCUCACAAAGCUGUUACUAUAUUCGAUUCUGCAACUGCUGAAUAUAGUAAUGGGUUUCGUCAUGAUCAUGAAACUUUUGGUCUCAUGAUCUCCAAGUUAGUAGCAGUGAAUCAGUUUAGGACAGCAGAAGGGAUGCUGGAGAGAAUGAAGCAAGAAGAUUGUAAGGUUACAGAGGACAUACUUUUAACUAUAUCUAGGGGUUUUGGACGGGUGCAUAGGCCACUUGAUGCCAUCAGGGUUUUCCACAAGAUGGAAGAUUUUCAGCUUAGACCCACUCAAAAGGCUUACCUUACAAUAGUAGAUAUUCUUGUGGAGGAAAACCAUGUAAAAAGGGCUAUUGGUUUUUAUAAGGAGAUGAGAGAACUGGGCUUUCCACCUACUGUUGUUUCCCUCAAUAUUUUGAUCAAGGCCCUCUGCAAAAACAAGGAGACUGUUGAUUCUGCCUUACUGAUAUUUCAGGAAAUGCCCAACCAUGGGUGCCAACCUGAUUCAUAUACAUAUGGUACAUUGAUUAAUGGGAUGUGUAGACUUGGAAAUAUCAGUGAGGCAAAGGAACUAUUCAAAGAGAUGAAGCAAAAAGGUUUUUCAGCUUCUGUUGUUACUUAUACUAGUUUGAUACAUGGCUUGUGUCAGUCUAAUAAUUUAGAUGAAGCUAUUGGAUUGCUUGAAGAAAUGAAAAGAAAUGACAUUGAGCCAAAUGUUUUUACUUAUAGUUCUCUUAUAGAUGGUUUGUGCAAAGGUGGUCAUUCAUCACAAGCAAUGGGAUUAUUGGAAGUGAUGGUCAGAAAGAACCAUUUACCCAACAUGGUUACUUAUAGUUCUUUAAUCAGUGGACUGUGUAAAGAAGGAAAGCUUUGUGAAUCUGUGGAGAUUCUUGAUAGGAUGAGGAUUCAAGGCUUGAAACCAAGUGCAGGGUUGUAUGGAAAAGUCAUAAGUGGCCUCUGUGCUGUAGGAAGCUUUCAAGAAGCUGCAAACUUCAUUGAUGAGAUGGUGCUAGGUGGUAUUUCGCCUAAUCGAGCAAGUUGGAGCCUUCAUGUUGGGAUGCAUAACAUGGUAGUCAAGGGUCUUUGUAAUAAUAUUGAUCCACCUCGUGCAUUUCAGUUGUAUCUGAGUAUGCGAACUAGAGGCAUCUCUGUUGAAGUUGGCACUUUUGAUUGUCUAGUCAAAUGUUUUUGUAAGAGAGGAGACCUGCAUAAAGCUGCUCGGAUUCUUGAUGAGAUGGUGUUAGAUGGAUGCAUUCCAGAUGAACAAAUAUGGAAUGUUGUAAUUGGUGGACUUUGGGACCGAAAAAAAGUGAGAGAAGCCACUGAGCUGUUGCUGGUUGAGCUGAGGCAGAAGUUUGUUGAAGCUGAAAGUUGAAGUCUGUGUUUCUCACAUUAUCCAUAUGCAUUUCAUUCUUACUGAAAACCUUUGGUAUCUGGUGGUCUUUUUCUAAUGUUGAAGAUGUGCUGCCUUUUCAAUUUAUGAUCUCACCUCAUCUCAAAGGGUUGACAUUUUCUGAUGAUCAGUGUCUUUGUGAUCUGAUGGUUUGAGCUUCAAAUUGAGGAAGUAAAUGUGCGGUGUAGGAUUUAAAACUAAGCUAUCCUUGGGGCUGCGACUUAACAUUCCACACAACCCUGCUCUGUCUGAGUAAGGUAAAUUCAGGUAAUUGCAAAAUUGGUUUUUUUGGUCGAACCUAUUACUCGUUGAUGUUGUCAGUUCGUAGAAAAUUUGUUUCAGUCAGUUGCAGUAAUUUAGCAAAAUUUUGUGUAUUCUUUAGUGCUCUUAUAGUGUAACCAUUAAGAUUUUAGUUGACAUUCUUUAUUUGCAGAUUACAAUUAUAUGGCCUGACUCCUCAGGCAUUAAU